GAAUGUUCACAGCCCAUGGGGGAAACCAGACUCUCCCAGAACUGGAGGCCUGGAAAUCGGUGGGAUUCCACUUGAUUUCCCUGCUUUCAGGAGGAGGCUUUUGACCAUAAAAUGCCAUCUCAUCAUGAAGCUUUCACUAAGGCAGGGCCUUUCCCUUACUGCAGUGGGAGCUGCGCCACCACUGGGCACAGUGAGGGUACCCGAGUGGGCUCCUGCCCAUGCCCAGGACGCAUGUGGGCUGGGCGCCACCGCGGUGAGUCCUGAGGACGGAAGGCGAGGGGCGUCCAGGCCCAGCCACAGCCCUCACGGAGCCUCAGCUCAAAGGGCUUUUCAGGUCAGAUGCUAAAACCCUGCGAAAACAGCUGCUUUCCAGCAAGGAGCCUGGCGCCUCCACUUGGGAAUCCUCUGACCAGUCCUCUCCAGACCGCCCAGGUUGUGACGGACAAGGGCAGACCAAGGAGCCAUCCCAGGUGGAAGGGGUGUGGGGAAACCUGUGAGAUGAGAAUGCAGCUGUAGGGCGGUUAUGUACCAUGUUCAUGCUGGGGAAGCAGCAGUCAUGGGAGCCUGGAGGUUGUGGAGAGACCUACAGUGGGGUAGACGUGUGACAGCAAGGGCAGGAGGGGCAGUCGGCGCCCAUGGGUGCUGCGUGAACACUCGGACCCCGAUUUUCACCGGACACCUGGAACGGCACCCUGUGCCCCUCCCACGGCCCCUUUCUCCUCACCAGUGGAUCUGUCUGUAACCGUUUCUUCUCCCCAUGCAGGAAAAAUACCCAGAUGCCGUCUACCUCUUGGAGGGGCCCUCCUCCUGCUCCAUGGGGAUCCGCAGUGCCCACCGGCCAGGGUUUGAAUUAGUCAUUGUUUGGAGGAUACAAAUAGAUGAAGACGGGAAGGUUUUUCCAAAGCUGGAUCUUCUCACCAAAGUCCCACAGCGAGCCCUGGAGCUGGACAAGAACAGAGCCAUAGAAGCCGCUCCUCUCAGCUUCCGAACCCUGCUCGGAGUGCUUGGAAUCGAAGCUGCUCUGGAGAGCCUGAUAAAAUCGCUUUGUGCAGAGGAGAACAACUAGUUCUAAAACAGUGAACGGGAGGAUUAAGAUGCUGCGCGGAGGAGCAUGCGAUUUUAUUGAAUAUAAACAUUUGCUAUUUUCCACUUAGAACCACAACCUGAAGACAUGCUGUCUAUGCAGUUAUGGCACAUUAUAUGGAAACUCUCAUGACAUGAAAAAUAAAUACAGCUAGUUAAGUGUAAAAUGCCAAAUAAAAGGGACAUGUACAAUGUGGUUUAUAAAAAUAGGCUUAACAGCUGAGAGACUGUACCGAGUGGUCGUGUGUCCUCAGAUGUGUGGGGAGGCCCCAUCCCCCCACCCACCGUGGCCUCACACCGAGUCCACCUUGGACAUGGCGGCCACACUGCUCAGCUGGGAGAAGCCACCCUUAUCCUGGUUGCUGCCUCCUGGGGGCUCUGGAGAUGGAUGCCUGUGGCACCUCAUUUUUAAACUGUCCUUAGCAGCCCAGGGGAGCCACGCCCAUACUCCCUACCUCCCCCAGGUCCACACAGUGGCACUGAGAGGCAGUCUCGGCAAAUCCUCACUGUUCUUGGUCUUCCACAAGAAAGUGGAGCUGUCAGCUCAGUAACAAGAAUGGCCUAAGACAGCAAAGACAACUGUUCCUGGGCCAGGACGUGGGGAAUGAGGUCCUUUAUGAAAGACCCCCCUGCAGCGCCUAAGUGCUACACUGAUCGUCCCGGAUGUGCCAUAAGAACCGUGACCUCAUCAGUCGCCCACUUAGCAUUGUUAGGAUCUGUGACCACGUGUUGUCUCAAACCAAUCAGGGCUGUCAUGACUACACAGCAGCAGCAGUUUCCAGAACGUGCCAGAAACGCAUCCACAGCAGUGGCACCUACUGCUCAGGGGCUCCUCACAGCCCGGGCUGGUGUGAGCCAAGACCAGACAGAGGUUGGGGGGGGGGUCUCCACCUGUUUUCUCUUCUCCCUCAAAUACAGGCUGUUUUCAUUGUGUCCAGUCCAGCCCUGUCUGGGCCCUGUGCUAGGCAGUAACUCCUGCAGCCCUGAAGGACCUAGGGAGCCCAGCCCACCUUCCCAUGGACUGGGGUUCCCUCUCAUGUGCACCUGAACCCAGGACCCAGCAUCCUCCGCACACCGUGACACUGGGCAAAAUCCUCCCAAACGAGGCAGCCCCAGCCCAGCAACAGUGAACUCCCGUGGGUCAAGACAGUACUCACGGCCACUCCCUCCACACUUCCCAGAGCCUGUGGCCCGUCUGUGAGCUCCAUGCACGUCACUUAGGUGAGUCUCCAAAGCCCCCAUCCCGGCACACAGGACCCGUGUGUAUGAGACGGUGUCAUUCGAAGUGAGAAGAAAACAGUAAAAGUGUCCAGUUGUAUAAGUAAGUAUCUUUUUGCACCUCUGAGUGUAGAAUUAGAAGUAAAUAUGACAGAAUUGAACAAUAAAUUCUAGAAGAGUUGCCUUGAUUCAAACAAGUAUAAUUCUCAAGUUAUCACAAAAUUUCCCACAAAAAUUUACAAUCAGCAAAAUAGUUUCCUUAUUUCUCAUGUAUAAUUUUCAUAUAAUUCCACAGUUUCGCUAAUGUUAUAUGUUACAAUAAGCCUCCAUUAGUCCCUCAAAACGAUGAUAUAAAUAAGUCUGUACAACCUAGCAUAGAAUAAAAAACUGAAACCAAGAUUCCCAACGUUUUUCAUAGCAGCCGGGCACACUUUGGUGACCCCAACGAGAACCCUCUAGGCAGCAGCCAGGAGCUGUUCACCUUCCGGAAGCAGGGCCUGUGGCAGCCUGACAGGGAGAGGCCACGGGGCCCAAAAACUCAAUGCGUCUCAAGGCAAACCCGAGGGAGGAACUCGGUCCGGGAGGAAGAGAGCACUCGUUCCUCAACCAGCCCAGACGCUGGAGUGUCAGGAAAGCACUGAGCUGUUGGGGCACACAUCCCAGCCCGGCCACAGCAGCUCAGCCAGUCACAGCUCCACCUCCAACUUCUACAGCAGCAAUUUUUAGUGGGAAAGAACAACUCAUCUCCCCCUCGUGUGAAAGAUUAAAUUGUAAAGCAAAAAAAAAAAAAAAAAAAA